ACCGCUUUACGUGCGUGCUGAUGCAGCGGACCAGACACCGCACUGGGCGAUCGUGCAGCCGGCCUCGGCGUUAGUGAGAGAGUGUGUUGCAGGGUGAUUCAGGAUGGUGGACCAGCCUCUGUGGGAGCAGAUAGGAUCCAGCUUCGUGCAGCACUACUACCAGAUGUUCGACUCUGACAGAUCACUACUCGGAUCCAUAUAUAUCGAUGCAUCAUGCCUUACGUGGGAAGGUCAGCAGUUCCAGGGGAAAAGAGCGAUAGUCGAGAAACUCUCUAGUCUCCCCUUCACAAAAAUAGCGCAUAGUAUAACAGCGCAGGACCACCAGCCAACUCCAGACAGCUGCAUCUUGAGUAUGGUCGUAGGACAGCUUAAAGCGGAUGAAGACCCCAUCAUGGGCUUCCACCAGAGUUUCAUCCUGAAGAACAUUAACGACGCGUGGGUGUGCACCAAUGACAUGUUCAGGCUGGCUCUUCACAACUUUGGCUAAGCGUUCUUGGCGCUCUGGCGGGCAGGGGCGGGGCCAAAGUGAAGGGGCACUGUGUGAUGAAGGGGAGGGAGUGACAGAGAGGGAGUGAGAAAAUGAGGGGGGGGAGGAGGAGGAGGAGAGGCAGUCCUCCCUCCCUCCUGCCGUCUCAUCAGCGCCUGUUUGAGCGAACGAGCUAACACGGGAUUCUAGAUGUGGAUCACUGACCCUCAUCCAGGCGGGUUCAGCAGACCAGCCCAGCCAGUAGAACUGCCACGUGCCGACCAAUCAGACGCCCCUGUCUGCCACGCCGCUGGGAGCCCCUCAUUUCAGCAUCUGCACUCAAGCCACCAGAAGGACAAACAGCUGCUCGACGCCAUUAACCCGCUCUGCUCCGCUCGCCUCCCCCGUCUCUCCUCUAACCCGGUUCUGUUAGCACUGCUGUUGACUGGUCUGUAGAUCCAUGUUCCGGUUUGCAGUCAGCGCCCCCUCCCCUCCCCCCCACUCUUGUUUUAGUGUGUUUUCUUUAGCUUGUCUUUGUCUCUUUCAAUUGAGUUCUAUCCACUCAGAUGCUAACUUGACCACGAUUCGCUCUUAAUCACCAGGUUUUGCUCCUGCAAACCAAAGAAUCGUGCAGGACAUGAAGGUUGACCUUUGCUGUUAUUUGUUCCAAUCUUGCAUUUUCUGUCUCUCUGCCUCUUUCACAUGUUUGACAGUUAACAUGGACUACAGCCACGAUACACAAUAAAACCUGGACUCUUUUCUUAA